AUAGAGAAAGACACGGAGUGAGAGAGAAACUGAGAGAGAGAGAGCGAGCGAGCGAGCGUGAGACAGCCGCUGGACUCCAUUAGCUCCAACCCCGAGGACGCACUUCGCGGGACUUUUAGUCGGACAAGCUUUCUUUGGGGGAAAAAUAAAAUUCUCCAUGCUAGACUUAAACACACGUUUGGAAAAAGAAAGGUGUUCAAACAGACCUCUGGCGACGUCCGAAGUUUAAGGCUUCACUUUGGGUUUUGACUUUAUCGUUAGCGUACUCCUGAAGGAUAUGGCUCUGGAUGGUAUACGGAUGCCUGAUGGCUGCUAUGCCGAUGGCACUUGGGAACUGAAGAUGCAUGUGACUGACCUGAACAAAGACGUCUCUCUGAGAGUCACAGGAGAAAUCCACAUUGGUGGAGUCAUGCUGAAACUCGUAGAGAAACUUGAUGUCAAGAAGGACUGGUCAGACCAUGCACUGUGGUGGGAAAAGAAGAAGACAUGGCUGCUGAAGACGCACUGGACACUGGAUAAGUAUGGCAUCCAGGCUGACGCCAGGCUACUCUUCACACCACAGCACAAGCUCCUGCGCCUGCAGCUGCCCAACAUGAAGCAUAUGAAGGUCAAAGUGAACUUCUCAGACCGUGUCUUCAAGGCUGUUUCGGACAUCUGCAAAACUUUCAAUAUCCGCCAUCCUGAGGAGCUGUCCCUGCUGCGCAAGCCCCGUGACCCCAAAAAGAAGAAGAAAAAGCUGGAGGAGUUUGAAGAGGAGACCCUGGAGCUGGAAGGCCCUCUGCUUACUCCAGGAUCAGCCUCUGAGGUAAUAUACAUCGGACCUGUGAAAGGGAGCAUCUAUUCAAGUCCAGGCCUCUACAGCAAGACAAUGACUCCCACCUAUGACUCUCGAGAUGGCAGUCCACUCUCCCCCACCUCAGCCUGGUUCGGAGACAGCCCAUUGUCUGAGGGCAAUCCCAGCAUCCUCGCCGUGAGUCAGCCCAUCUCCUCACCUGACAUACUGGUUAAGCUCUACAAACCACCCUCCCUCCUCGAUAAGGCCAAAAUAAAUCAAGGGUGGCUGGACUCCUCCAGGUCUCUAAUGGAGCAGGAUGUUAAAGAGAAUGAUGUUCUUCUUUUGCGGUUCAAAUAUCAUAGCUUUUUUGAUCUCAACCCCAAGUAUGAUGCCAUCCGGGUUAACCAGCUAUACGAGCAGGCCAAAUGGGCCAUCCUGCUGGAGGAAAUUGAGUGCACUGAGGAAGAGAUGAUGAUGUUUGCGGCCCUCCAGUAUCAUAUCAACAAGCUGUCCAUCAUGUCUUCAGACAAUCAUAUGAACAACAGCGAGAAGGAGGUGGAUGAAGUGGACGCUGCACUGUCAGACCUGGAGAUCACUCUGGAGGGAGGAAAGACCUCUAACACACUGGGUGACAUUACAUCCAUCCCUGAACUGGCUGAUUAUGUGAAAGUGUUUAAGCCAAAGAAACUGACACUGAAAGGACCCAAGCAGUACUGGUGCACAUUCAAAGACAUCACAAUUUCCUGCUACAAGAGCCGUGAGGAAGCCCACGGCAUACCUGCUCAUCAAAUGAACCUGAGAGGUUGUGAGGUUACACCAGAUGUAAAUAUUUCUGGUCAGAAAUUCAACAUCAAGUUGUUAAUCCCAGUAGCGGAUGGCAUGAAUGAGAUCUGGCUGCGAUGUGACACUGAGAAGCAGUAUGCACAGUGGAUGGCUGCCUGUCGUCUGGCCUCCAAAGGGAAGACUAUGGCAGAUAGCUCCUAUAACUUGGAGGUCCAGAACAUUCUGUCCUUCUUAAAGAUGCAGCACAUGAACCCAGAUCCUCAGAUUAUUGAACCAAUCACCACAGAUAUCAACCCUGAGUGUCUCGUCUCACCACGAUAUCUGAAGAAAUACAAGAACAAGCAGCCAGGCUAUAUCAGGGACCUGAUUUCUGCUCGUAUCCUAGAGGCCCAUCAAAAUGUGGCCCAGAUGAGUCUCAUCGAAGCCAAGAUGCGCUUCAUCCAGGCCUGGCAGUCAUUGCCAGAGUUUGGGAUCACUCACUUCUUGGCCAAGUUCCAAGGCAGUAAGAGAGAGGAGCUGAUUGGCAUCACCUACAACAGAUUGAUCCGCAUAGACGCCAGCACCAGAGAUGCCAUUAAGACCUGGCGCUUCAGCAACAUGAAACAGUGGAAUGUUAACUGGGAGAUCAAGAUGGUUACAGUGGAGUUUGCCGAUGAGCCCAGUCUGUCGUUCACCUGCACCGAGGUGGACUGUAAAGUGGUGCACGAGUUCAUUGGUGGCUAUAUUUUCCUGUCCACCAGGGCCAAGGACCAGAAUGAGUCUCUUGAUGAGGAAAUGUUCUACAAGCUCACCAGUGGCUGGGUCUGAGAUGGAGAUCCUCUGAGCCCAGGGGGUGGGGUGGCAUGGGGUGCCUUGGAUUUUUUGUUCAGUUACUCUCUUGUAUUUUUAUUUUUUUUUUUAACCAUGCCACACGUCUGGCCGCAGUGAUCGUUUAAAAGCUGCCAUCUUCUAUUUUUAGAAAAAUUUUAUUCUGUUCCUGCCUUAAUGCUUACAAACACCUCUGUAGCACCAGUGAGCUGACUUUGAGGAAGGAUGAGAAUGUUCUCUCUCUGCCCAGGGCUUCACCUUCUGCCGAGAAAUAUCCGUGUCCUGCAGCGAGCAGCUACUUUCACAGACAGCUGCUUCUUGUUCCUUUCUCAGAAUGCUUGGUGUGUGUAGUCACUGCAGUGUUAGACGGUUGUCUCCACCUCUGUGCACCAUGCACGCUAAAGGGGCAGGUGUGAUCCACGACCUUUCACCUUGCAUGCUAAUACUCAAGCUCGUCUCGAACGUCACUGCUCGUGUUACGAUCCGAUUUGUUUUGAGAUGUUAAGUUUUGUGAUUGAUUGUCUUGGUUCUCAGUUGCCUUUAUUCUGAUGCAGUCAUUUAUUUCGAAGGUCAUAAGUUCCAUUAAUUGUCCCUAUGUCGUUAACACUACCUUCGGCAACAGCAGCCAUUUAUAUGAAGGAAAAAAAUCCAGCACUGAAGAGUUGCUCUGCAUGAACUGAGUGCUGACCAGAAUACUGAACACUACAAGCAGUUUCGCAGCGAAGAAGAUGCUUUUGUUUUAUUGACAAGAGAGCAAGCACUUCUACACUGAAGCAGAGGUCCCCACCUGAAUAAGCUGUAGUUUACUUUUUUUUUGUCCGAGUCAGCAGGAGAUAAUGUAUCGAUCUUCAACACUAUAACCAUUAGUGGAUGGCCUUUCGGGUUUUUUUUUUUUUUUUUUUUUUUCCUCCACUAAACACAGCGGGGUUUGUUUCUCACAACAAGCGGUUUGUAAUGCAUGUAAAACACAGUGUCGAAGGCCACAUGAUGAAGGAAUGGUUCCAGGGAUCUUAACCUGCUAGCUAAAGAAUCUCUAAUAAUUAAACACGUCUUGUAGAAAAGGGUAAUGAAAAGCAGACCUGUUUGCAGUUUAGGACCUGUGUGUCAUCAGUACAGCUUCUACCCACGUAUUCAGUGAGGAUGACCUCAGUUGUACUCUGGAGCCUGCUGGCUCUUGGCUACAAGAAGCACCAUGACGUGUUUGUUUCCUAUUUUUUUUUUCUGUACAGCCUUCCGUCACUCACACCUUAUCCUAAACCAUUAUAGUAUUAUUCAAAGCCGGUAUAUUGUUAUGCACCAGCAAUAGGUCACUGUGUUUUAAAGGCAGUACAUGCAAUGUUCAUCUUUCUUUUUCCAUGAAUAUGAAGGAAUGCUAAAUGAAGUAUUAGUUUUUGUAACUAAUGUAAAAACAAUUUUAUAGAAUUGUACAGGUUUUGUUGUUUUUUUUUUGUUGUUGUUUUUUUUUUGUUGCUGCUUUUUCCUGUCAUUUUUUUUUGGAAAUGCAUUUUUUUCCAGAAGAAAAGGAAAAAAGCCAUCUUUUUGAGCAUUGCUUGGUAUGAUGUGUACCUGCCUAUGUUAAGGUCUUAUUGAGUUUUUAAGAGUAAAAAAAAUAUAUAUAUAAGUAUAUAUAAUGUGAUGAAGCAUGUCUCAAGCUCCAGGUUUAGCUGCUGCACAUUUCAACACACUCACAAUGAAGGGCUUGUUUCAUUUCCUGUUUUUAUUAUUAUUAUUUUUUAUUUUUUUUUAUUUUUAUUUUAUAUCUAGCCUUAAAUUAAACACAAGUAUGUAAAUGUUGUUUUUCUGUUUGUUGCUGAGUAUUUGACUAUCAAGUUUUGUUUUUAUGAUUUUAUUUACCACACAGGAAUGACUGAUCUUUUAGCAGCGCAUUUUUUUUUUCUGUCAUUUAUAGUACACUAAUAAAAAAUUUUUAAUUGUCCUACAAGGAUUGCGAAUUUUAAGCUUGAUUAUGAAGGAGAAACUUCACCCCCCUGGAGUUUGAGACAAAUUGUCAUACAAUGAAGUACAAUAAAAGCUACUUUAGCAUA